ACAAGCUUUUAAGGAAGGCUGCGGCAAUUGCCACAGAUCCAGGGGUACCAUGGGGGAGCAGUGGCUGCCAUGGAAUCGCCCCCGGCAGGUACUUCAGCCAAUGCCUCUGGGAAUGACCUGCAAGCCCUGGUUCAAGGACAGGUUGCCCUCUAAGUGCUUUGCGAAGCACAAACAGGAACAACUGAAGUUCCCUACCUCUCUGGAUGGCCGACGCUGGGUGUUUGUAAAGGAAGGGCUGGAUGACUUCAGGAAGGGCUGUCCGCCUAGUGAAGGUAUGAUCAUUCGUGGCCCCAAAGAGAGUUUUCUCCCCACAAUUUCUCAUGAAGUCCAACGUGGCACCAGAAAGAGUCAGCAAAAACGGUGUCAGGACUUAAGCCUGUUUUCCUCUCUGUCGUUGGCCCAGCAAGCUCGCAAGGCCUUUGUGGAGAGAACAGAAGCAAAUCUGAUCCAGCAUCAGUUGGCUUUCUGGCCUAUGGAGGAUGGAACUCCUAGCGAUAGUAGUAGUGAUCUCUCAGAAAAUGUGGUGGAAGCUUCUGACACUGACCAGAAUUUGGAGGAAACAUUGGAUCACUCUGAGGACCACAGAAAAUCUGUUCAUUCUGUUCAUCUGCCUAGUGUGUCUGAGGAAUGCUCUGAAAAAAAAGAAGAGCCAGAACCUCCCAGGUUUCCUGGUUCACGUAAACACGGUCUGCUUGGUGAAAAAAAAAAGCCCCGCAAAAAGGAUCCCGCCAAGGAGUCUCUUUAUUAUCGAUACAUCCCCAAAGGAGUUUAUGACUUCUGUGCAUGGGUUGAUUCAUUUGGAGACUUGGAAAUUGAUGAACAUUUCAUGAUGAAGCAAUUUGACAUUGGCUAUGAGUGCAAACCGGUUUAUACUGACUCUGCCAUCAAGAAAAUCAGCCUGCUUCCUGGGGAUAUCAAGCGCUGCAGGAGGCUCAGCAAAGUGAAAGAGAUCAGAUUCUCCAUACAGGAGGCAAACUUUGAAAGGAAACUCCGAAAACCGCAUGAUCCUUACAAGCCCACUAGGGAUAAGAUUAGAUAUGGGGCAUGGUACCUAAAGCCAUAUCUGUGGAAAAAGCUAGUAAAUGAUGAGCCCUUAAUGGAUCCUGAAGAGUUAUUUGAACUUGAAGGUGGAAGAUUUGGUAAACCAGACAUCAUUGAAGACCUUUAUGGAACAAUUGCCUUUAAAGAUUUCAUCAUAAGCAAAGGUUACAGUAUGCCAACCAUCCUUGAGAAGUUGUUUAUGAGGAAAGGAUGGAAUUAUGACACUGUCAACACUCCAAUACCAAGAGUCCUCAAAGCACAUGAAUUGAUCAUGCAGCAAAAGGAUGAAGAUUAUGAUGAUGAAAAUGACUAGCUGGUUUUCCAUUUUACUUGACUUUAUUCUACUUUCAUUUCAAAUAUUGAACAGAAUGUAUAUGAUGAAGAUAUCACUAAAUGUGGCCAUCCUUUUGGACAAUAUCUAAAAAUGUUCGACUUAAGUUUAUAAACAUUUCUCAAUGAACUCAAAUGAAUUUCUGUGCCUGCAUAAAUAUCUUAUCAACUUUAAGAUCAACAUUCAUAUGUAAAGUUCUCAAAUUUAUUUACUAUUGAGAAUAUGGCAUAGUCACAUCAGUUACUUAUAAGGAUACACAAAAUUUAAUAAAAAUCUGAAUUACUAC